GUGGCCCGGGUGCUGGGCGUGGCCUGGGCGCGGGGCCUUGGGCGGCGACCAGCCAGAGGAGAAAGAACAUGGCGGGCGCAGCAGGGCCAGGGACCGUUCCGGGGGCAGCGGGCGGAGAUGGAGACGAUUCACUCUACCCGAUCGCGGUUUUAAUCGACGAGCUCCGCAAUGAGGACGUGCAGCUCCGUCUCAACAGUAUUAAGAAGUUAUCAACUAUUGCUCUAGCACUCGGGGUAGAAAGGACUCGAACUGAACUGCUGCCUUUCCUUACAGAUACAAUUUAUGAUGAAGAUGAGGUGCUGUUAGCUCUUGCCGAGCAGCUGGGGAAUUUCACUGGUUUGGUGGGAGGCCCUGACUUUGCCCACUGUCUGCUGCCUCCUUUGGAAAGUUUGGCUACGGUGGAGGAGACUGUCGUUCGAGACAAGGCUGUGGAGUCCCUGAGGCAGAUCUCCCAGGAGCACACUCCCGUUGCCCUGGAAGCUCAUUUUGUACCCCUGGUGAAGCGCUUGGCAAGUGGGGAUUGGUUCACAUCUCGCACAUCUGCAUGUGGUUUGUUCAGCGUUUGCUACCCCAGAGCUUCAAAUGCUGUCAAGGCAGAGAUCCGACAGCACUUCCGUUCCCUGUGCUCGGAUGAUACACCAAUGGUGCGACGUGCUGCUGCUUCCAAAUUGGGUGAAUUUGCAAAAGUUUUGGAAUUAGACAGUGUUAAAACUGAAAUUGUUCCAUUAUUCACGAAUCUGGCUUCAGAUGAACAGGACUCUGUGCGCCUGCUAGCUGUGGAAGCUUGUGUCAGUAUUGCCCAGCUGCUGUCUCAGGAUGACCUGGAAGCCUUGGUGAUGCCAACACUUCGGCAAGCAGCAGAAGAUAAAUCUUGGCGGGUUCGCUACAUGGUGGCUGACAAAUUUUCAGAGCUCCAGAAAGCGGUGGGCCCUAAAAUUGCACUCAGUGACCUCAUCCCUGCCUUCCAGAGCCUCCUCAGAGACUGCGAGGCCGAAGUUCGAGCAGCUGCUGCCCACAAAGUAAGAGAGCUUUGUGAGAACCUGCCCACUGAAGGCAGAGAGACCGUGAUUAUGAGCCAAAUCCUGCCCUAUAUAAAGGAAUUAGUGUCUGAUACCAACCAACAUGUCAAGUCAGCCCUAGCUUCUGUAAUUAUGGGAUUAUCUACAGUUUUGGGCAAAGAGAAUACCAUUGAACAUCUUCUGCCUCUAUUUUUAGCUCAAUUAAAGGAUGAGUGUCCAGAAGUUCGUUUAAAUAUCAUCUCCAAUUUGGAUUGUGUGAAUGAAGUGAUUGGAAUCCGUCAGCUCUCUCAGUCUCUCCUCCCUGCCAUUGUGGAACUGGCUGAAGACGCCAAGUGGAGGGUCCGCUUGGCGAUCAUUGAGUACAUGCCGCUGCUGGCUGGCCAGCUGGGUGUGGAGUUUUUUGAUGAAAAGCUGAAUUCUUUGUGUAUGGCCUGGCUUGUGGAUCAUGUCUAUGCCAUUCGGGAAGCAGCAACCAACAACCUCAUGAAGUUAGUCCAGAAGUUUGGUACCGAGUGGGCCCAGAACACCAUUGUCCCCAAAGUGUUGGUAAUGGCAAAUGAUCCGAACUACUUGCACAGGAUGACCACCUUAUUCUGCAUUAACGCCCUCUCUGAAGCCUGUGGUAAGGAAAUAACCACUAAGCAAAUGUUGCCCAUCGUGUUGAAAAUGGCUGGAGACCAGGUGGCAAAUGUCCGCUUCAAUGUAGCUAAGUCACUGCAGAAGAUUGGACCCAUUCUAGACACCAACGCCUUGCAGGGGGAAGUGAAGCCGGUGCUGCAGAAAUUAGGUCAGGACGAAGACAUGGAUGUCAAAUAUUUUGCACAGGAAGCUAUAAGUGUGGUGGCACAAAGGCUGAGGAAGCUAGAUUUUCCUGUGAAGGACAGUGAAGAGCCCAGCACCCCUGGGGUUGACAAGAAUUUCUUCCUGAGACCCCAAGUGCCUGGAGAGGACACUGGGAAGGCACAGAGAGAAGGAGCGGCUUGUGUGGCUUCCAAGGAGGCAGUAGCAGUGGCCCAGCUUAGGGGCACAAACACAGCAAAGGGACCAGCAUGUCAGUUGCAUGUAAAUACUAGAGACGCACUUGCCCAAUCGGAAAUUGCAAAACUAAAGCAUUUCCCCCAAAGCACAGAGUAAUAAUACCCACGGAUAACAAAAGACCAUAAGCAAAAAAUAAAAGAGUACCACACAUAUUGCACUUUUUGCUGAAUGAAAAUUUUACCUCAUGUUUGAAUCACCAGUCUCUUUGGAGAGGCUCGUUUACAAGAUAACAAAGCUAAGGGUUACUAUACAGUAGUGUACACACUGCUGAUGUGAACCGACAGGCAAACACGUCAGUAUUUCAAAGCUGCCUCUCCACAAGAGUGGGCCUAAGCCGCUUUAGUGUUACUUUAGUACUUGUGAGGAGAAACGACUUGCAAGCUUCCAUGGGUCACUAGUUAGGGGCAGACACGGAAACAAUCUGAUGAGCGGAGAGCUCGGCUACUCUCACCAGCCUCCAUCUCAUGAAAUAAAGGUAGCCGUGGAACUAGGGAUGUCUACUUGAAACUGAGGAAGGAGAAAAUGGGAGCUUACGACUGGUUCCGGCUGGAUGAUUCUUGGUCUUCACCAGGCGACUGUCCUCACCUCCUCUCUGUGUCAGUGCCUAACAGGCUUGGCCGCUGAUGAGGUUCCCAACUUCUCUCUGCAGCCUUUAACCUUCUGACAGCCUCUCCGCAGCCCCUCAUCUGUCGCCUAACUGUCCUGCCAUAGCUGCUAGGUCUCCUGGGCUAAGCAGCCCACAGCCUGUUGGGGGGCAGGGGUUUAUGCCAAUCUGUUGCGGUCUGUUCCUGCAGUCCUGAAAUGAGCGGCCCCCAUUUUCAAUCUGGAAGGCAUUUUCAUUUCGUCAAUAUUACAGCACUUCUGCAGUAUAUUUUGGGAAAACAUUCUCCUUCAGUCUAAACAAAUCAAGCCCCGCUUUAUAACUUGGCUUAUUUUGCAAAGCUUUAAACAUA